AUGGCUACUACAGGGAUCGAUUGGCUUUCUGUGGCAGCAUCGACAAAGGAUCCAGACCGUAGCCACGUCUUUGUCCAGUGGGCUUGGUGCGUUGCUGGAGCUGUUGUGGUGGCUGCUGUGUGCUACCAGAUGUGGUCGCUCCUCAGGCUGUCCUGGUCCUCGCAGUGCCGGUCGAGCAACUGUCAGAUCAGCCGCGACCAGCUGAGCAGCGCGUCGAUCAUUCACGCUUCAGAGAGUGGCGCGGAUUCGCCUAAGGAGCUCUGGCGGCGAGCCCCCCCUGGCGGAGCGGUCUGGCUGCGCUUCCUGCUGGUGCCCCUGCGCAGCUUCCUGCAGCCCGGGCACGUGGACCGCCUCGUGCGGGGCCAGCUGGCCACCCGCGCCGAGCGCAUGGAGGUCCGGAAGGUCGCUCCCGAGGGCGUUCCGACGCUGGCAAACUUUCUGGCCUGGCGAAGGAUCUGCAUCGGCGCGCUGCUCGCGGUCGGUCUCGUUUAUUACACGAUGCAGUGCUGCAUCCUGUCCUCGACGAAGCGCCACCGUCUGUAUUUCGACGCGCUGGCGCGCCGGCCUGAGAUGCAGAAUUACCAGGCGUUCGUGUCCAGCAGUGCCGAGCGCUUCGGCUUCCUGCAGUACACCGAGCAGAAGCUGCUCACGCUGCUCGCGGGCGUGCUCGCCGAGGUGUUGAGCGGUGCCGCUUAUGUCGAGAUCGUUGUCUGCGCGAUGGAGCUGCUGCCGCUGCUGCUCCUCGGCAUGGCGCUGGUCCACUGGACCUCCUUCGCAAGAAGUCGGCACUACGUGCUGUGCGCGUGGUUCCUCGCCUUCCUGACGCCCUUCUUCGUGAGCCUGUUCCCGAUGAGGCUGAUAGUGUCUUUCUCGGAGACGGAGCUGCAGGUCGACAGCUACAUUCACGAGCUGGCCGUUGCCCUCCACCUGGACAAGGCUCAGCAGCUCCUCCUCGGAGGCUGCGGCCAGGUAUUGAACCAGAAGUUCGACCAGCGCGUCGAGAAGGUCGGCAAGGCGCUGCACGCAACCUGCCACAGCCUCUCCAGCUUCCCCCUCCGGCUGGCCGUGCCCUGUCUGGACAGCCUGGCGCUCUGCCAUGUCGACCUGGGGGAGGCGGCGGACGGCUGCCGUGAGGCCAUCAGCCAGUUCGACAUGGG